CACCUCCCACGAUCUUUCUUUCCCCCCUCGGUUCUACAACUUCCCCUGUUCUGCUCUGCUCUGGUCUGGUGCCGAAACUUUACUUGACGACUCUGUCUGGCAAAGACGCGCACGGCAAAGCGCUUGAAGGGGGGAGCUGGGCACAGAUUAAAAUAGGAACCGUAGCCGAUUGGAUUAUACCUAAUACGCCAUUUCAUGUCACAUUCUGGGCUCCGCGCCCUUGUUUGUGUAGAAUGUACAUCCGAACUACGACAUGAACUGCAAUUCUUUUGCACUUCUAAAAAGCGGCGACAACUCGCUUUUCCUGAUGCAUUCAAUGAACCCACAAUGCACAAUUGUGCACGACGCAUCAUGUUCAUUCAAAUGGGACGGAUAUGGGUGCUAAUGCGCACAGGUUGGGUUGGAAUUGUGCUGCAAGUGACUUCUACAAGAAAAGUGACUGGCGCAUUAGUGAAUGCAUUUAUAUAAAGAACUAGUGGACCGACGUAGCGUGAGCCGCGCAAGCAGAGUUGCUGCGCUCGGCGGGGAGGGAAUCCCUCCAGUACGCCGCGCGCGGCGCGCUGUUUCCUUUACCAAGGAAACCCACACUGAGCACUUUCUGACGCAACUGCCCAUUUUAGGAAACAUGCGUCAAUGGAGCGAAUCAAGUGCGAUCAACCUCGCAGCUGCUUCUGACGUCCGGAACCGGCCCAGAAAUGUCCUCGUACGUUUAAAGGGCUCUAUUUCGGUUGUAUCCACCACGGUGUUAUUCUUACGCCAUGCAUCCACGGGAGGGCAAGGCUGCCUAUUUCGCCGCUUGAUUCUAAAGACGCCCGGCCAGGCCCGGCCCGGCCCGGCUCGGGCCUCCUCCCCUUCGGCUCAAAUCGCAACGCCCAUCUGCGUGACGUGGGUUGCUUCGUCGGUGUUGAAAAGCAGUUGCGCUUCUCGAUAGUGCCAUUGAAGUGAGUCAUCUGUAGGAAGUGUGGUUAGAAAGAAAGAAAAGAAAAAAAGGGGGGAAAAAACUAGCAUCGAAGUGUUCCGCGAGCGCCACUAGACCAAAAUCGGCAAGACACUGGAAAAUACAGAGAAGGACCGAGAGGCAAAAUAAAAGACUACUCCGGGAAUUACGACACCUCGUCCCGCGGCAGCAGCAGCACCUCUCCGGCCCAGCCCGAGUCGUUCACGAGCGGCAGCAGCACCAUCGGAAGCCCCAUCUCUACCUCAACCUACCAGAAAUACAGGGUUGACAUGCCCGGCUCCAACAGUGCCUUCAUCCCUACCAUUAAUGCAAUCACAACAAGCCAAGACCUUCAGUGGAUGGUGCAGCCUACAGUCAUCACCUCCAUGUCCAACCCGUACUCCCGCUCCCACCCGUACAGCCAUCACCUGAGCAACGGGCAGGGGCUGCUGGGCCACAACCCCCUGGCCCGCCCCGGGGUCAUCCGCUCCAUCGGGGACGCCAGAGGUCGACGCAAGAGGGACGAGCAGCUCACCCCAGAGGAAGAAGAGAAGAGGAGGGUGCGGCGUGAGAGGAACAAGUUGGCCGCCGCCAAAUGCCGCAACCGCAGACGCGAGUUGACUGAGUUGCUGCAAGGGGAGACUGAGAAACUAGAGGAGGAGAAAGCCGACCUGCAGAAAGAGAUCGAAAGCCUCCAGAAGGAGAAGGACAAGCUGGAGUUCAUGCUGGUGGCCCACAACCCCGUGUGCAAGCUGCCCACGGAAGAGCGCCAACUGGCUCCGGCGCACCACCAGAACCACCAUCAGCAGCACCAGCAGUGCGCCCCCCUGCCCUUGACCAUGCGCCCCAACAUGGUGGCCCGGGCCCACGUCAACCACGUGGUGGUGAAGCAAGAGCCGGACGACGUGCAAGAAGCGGCGGGCAAAGCGCAGCAUUCCGUCAUCAAGCCCAUCUGCCUGGGCGGGAUGUACUGUACGGACGGCGAGAGCCUCAACACGCCGGUCGUGGCGGCGUCCACCCCGGCCGCCGCAGCCAACGCCCCCAACCUCAUCUUCACCUACCCCAGCAUGCUGGAGCCCGACAGCCCGUCGCCCUCCUCCGAGUCGUGCUCCAAGGCCCACCGCCGCAGCAGCAGCAGCGGCGAUCAAUCGUCCGACUCCCUCAACUCGCCCACCCUGCUGGCCCUGUGAGGAAGGUCCCAAAGACUGUGGCCCGAGGCGCAUUCGGACCAUCCGGGCCGAGCUGACGACGUGAGCCGUGCCCCCCCCCCCCCUUCUUCGCAGGGAGACCUCACAAGGGCUACGCUGCGUGUUGGACUUGUGUCAUCGCUUUGCCAUUUCAACUCUUACAGUGUCGACGUGUUUACGCAAGACUCUCCCUUGAAAUCCGGCCCCGGGGACUUCAGAUCCUAAACAAAAUAAGUUCUUCAUAUAUGUAUAUAUCUAUAAAAAUCUAUUUUUUGAAGAAAGAAUUAAAAGCCAUGACCACUUGCACUCUGCCGAGACCAAUCAACAGAAAGAGGUCACAACACGAAAGCAAAUGAGCAAACACUUUAUUUGAAGCUGUGUCCUGACCCCUCCCGCCAUGGACCUUGACUUUAAGUGUAUUUUGUGUGCUUUCCUCCGUCAUCUGCCUGUAGAAAAGCAUCAUGGUCUUGGUUGUUCCAAAUGGAUGGCGCCUUUGUCAAAGCCAUCUAGUUUGCCAAUGUGACUUGACUACAUUAAUAUUGGUGUGCUUCACCUCAGUGGUUCUGUACCUGAUUUUUACAACAUACUUUAAGACAAAUGUGCGUUGAGUGUGUGUGUGUGUGUGUACGUGUGUGUGCUCUUUAUAGUGAUGCCGUCUUGAAAGAACGCAGGCUGUGUGAUAGUCGUACCAAAGGGAUAAAAUAAACAAACAGGGCCGCUGUUCAACAUCAGGAAUUUUUUUUUUUUUUUUUCAAACAUUUCAACGAGGACAACGUUUUUUCCACUGGCUCUCACGUUGGCCCUUUUUGCUCACAUUGUGGGGGGAAAAUAAAAAAGUCUUACCUUUGUCAACACUGCCACUAAGGGCAGGUCAGGUUCGACCAAACCAAAAAGCAUUGUAUGACAUUUCUAAUCCGUUUGUUUUUGUGUGAGAGAGAAAAGGAGGCAUUUUUUUUGCGCUAAUAUGAAAAAAAGCCACUGUGGUCUAAGCAGACUGUCACCAGCUGUCAAUGAUGUCAACCCUGUUUAUACUGUGUUUGUAACAGCUGUCUUUUUAAAGGAAAAAUAACAAAGAAAGAAAAAACUUGGUACUUGGUACCUUUGGCCUAAAUGGCUUAAAACAAUAACUAGAUCAUAAGAGUGUUUUGCAAUACAGAAGGAAUAAUAAUAAGACAUCUAAACUGGGUUGAAACACAAACAUGGGCCAUUUUUUAUGAUGCCUUUUUGUAACAAAGAUGUUGGUAAUUGCACUGAGAAGGAUAAAGCGGUCAUAGUGGAAAGGCUUCAAACAUUCCGAAAGAAUUUUGUGGGUGUUAAAGGUUAAAUGAUCUUGCGCUGGAUGCAGACAAAUUGACAUUUUAAUAUGAUAACAAUAUGCUGCUACCUAGGUGGAAAUUUUGCUUUUUCUCUUUUGGCAAUAGAGUGUGGUUUCAUGCAGAUGCAAAAAGAAAUCUCUGUUCCCGCGCGACAAAAAAAAGAAAAGAAAUGAUAACCAAAAAGAGAUUCUGUGUAAGUCAAGAUAGUUUGCAACUCCUUAACACACAUAGGAAAGCCAUUGACGUAAAUCUUCUACUGUACAUGUCAUCUACUGUCUAUUGCCUGUUUUCAACUACUAUGACUUAUUUUCCAAAUGCUUUAAGUGUUAAAAAAAAACAAAAUCCAAAAAGAAAAAAACAGCAAUAUGUAAAUAGCUGUGUUUGUUAAUUUAAAAUAAAUAAAAAUAAAAUACAUUUCCAACUUG